AUUUCAUACAUGUUAUUCAUGCAUUCUAACAAUCGGUUUAUCAACAAAAGCAUUUAGUUGGUUGUGUUUGGUCGAACAUAAAAUUCUAGACAGGGAAGAUAUUGAGCUUAAGCUUUAAGUUUGUGAGAAUUAAAGCAUUUUGUGUGAGACGGGAGUGUCACGUAUCCAAAGUUUAUAAGAACUGUGCAAACUGAUAUACAUCAUGGAAGACGUCGAUGACGAUAUAGUAGAGAAAUUCGAAAACUUUUGCACAUUGUCUGGCUCCACAGACAAAACACACAUGAACCCCAAGGCUAAUGGAAAGCUGGUAAAGGACUGUUUUGAGAGCCACUACAAGAAAUAUGACGUGAAAGCCAUCUGCGACGCCAGCGUGUUUCCGGCCCUUAAAGAAAAGGGAAAGCCGCAUAUGACUGUGAACAAGGUUACAGUUAACAGCUACCUGAAUAAGACCGCCCACGAGAUAGCAAAGAAGAAGACUAAAAACCCUAAAAUUGCCGAAAAAGACGAUGAAGUAAAGAUAAUCAAAGCAGAUCUUUGCAAAUGGAUGAAGGCAGAAACUCCACACAUAAAGCAAAUCAAACAGUCAGCCACAGGAAAUGUUGACGAUUUGACGGAUACUUCGCACUACACUGGGUCGCACAAGGAACGAUUUGAUGCCUGUGGUAAGGGUAAGGGCAUUGAAGGUCGUGUUGACAAGGUAGAAUAUACCGGCUACGUCGACGCUUACAAAGGAGAGGGGACGUAUGACAAACAUAACUGAAAAUAUUCCGCAUCUUGAAAAGUGUUUUGUGCAUGCAUGCGUGCGUGUCUUUUGUAAACUAUUGCUUAAGAUUGCUUGCAACUCAUUAAAUACUGAUUUUCGAUAAAAUGAGAACUACAUCUUAAAAUGAAGUGUGUAAAUCCAAAGACAGACAAGGAGGUAAUAUAGAAACAUUAUAAUCAGAAAAUUCUCAGGAAAAAAAGCCGGCGCAUUGAGUAAGAUAGGGAAAUAUUUCAUUGAUAAUUUUCAGUAUUUCACCAGUUAGAUCUAGUAUAUAAUAAAAUGUUUGAUUUGA